GUUCCUUAUCUUUGGCUGAAUACUCUACCGAUAUCGCGUCGCAUCCUCGCUUACAGAUUCAUACUUCUCGGCUAUUACGCAUCUCGUGGAUCACAAGUUCCUCGCAGAUUUCAGAUCGAGGCAGCAAUGGAAUCAUAUGAGGAUCACGACUCUCUGGUCAUUGCAGGCACUGGCUCUGGAAAAACUCUCAUUAUUGCACUUCUGAUUCUUCUCAAUGGCUCUCCGGACGGCCUGACACUCACGAUUUUGCCUUUGAAACGACUCCAAAUCACUCAAGUUGCUACAUUUUGCCUUCACUACAGAAUCAACACAAUAGCAAUCAACGAUGACAUGCCACAUGAUGAUAACUACUGGAAUAUGAUGGUUCAUAAUUUGACGACACGCACAGCUGGCACUGCUCGACACCUCAUUAUUACGACUGAACAACUGUUCAAGUCUAAGACUGGACAUCUAUCUCGCCUCUGCCGCCUUGUAUGUGAUACUCGCUUUCAAAAGCGCAUCGAUCGUGUCAACAUUGACGAGGUUCACUUUAUCUAUUUUGCUGGAAUGAAGCGCCAUGGACUCGACGCGUUCCGUCCCGCUUGGGGAUGCCUGAAAGAAAUCAAGGCCAUUCUUCCUUCACGAAUUCCAUGGCAGGGACUCACGGCAACUUGUCCACCCCAUGUAGAGUGCGUAAUCAAGCAAUCUAUCUUUCGAGACGACUAUUCUGUCACCCGACUUACUUCUAAUCGCCCUAAUACUAUUUACGCAACUCACAAAGUUGUUGGCGGCCUCGACGUUCUCGAUAACUAUAACUGCUUCCUACGACGUUCGGAUCCAGCAUCGCAGCCUCGUGUCCUCUUGUUCUUUGAUCUCACAUCUCUCACGCGACGUGUUGCCUUGCAUCUGACUUCGCUUCUUCCCAUUGAACUUCGGGAUAAGGGAAUCAUUCUUCAUUAUCACAGUUUGAUGUCCCCUGAAUACCUCGUUCAUGCCCACGAGCAGUUCACCUCCAAGACAGGCAAGUGCCGAAUUCUGUGUGCAACUUCGGCUGAGUCAACGGGUGUUGAUUUUCCGGAUGUUGACAUCGUGGUUAAGGCAGGGCUCCCCGAGAGUCUGGCUUAUAGUUUGCAGUGUGGUGGACGUGCCCUUCGCUGGGAG